AUGACGCUAAAUCGACAGCAACCCAGUGACCUCACCAUCCCCAGGCCGCCAUCAACUGCACUAGCACGAUCAAACUGGUCGAAGGGAAAACUAGACUACCGCCAUAGUAACAACAGCAGUACUGGGCACGCUACCAACCCGGCAAGCAUGCGCCAGCCCAGGGACCCAUCCCGGAUAGCCAACAAGAACCUCGCCCCCAAGCAACGUCAAAACCACCGGAGAGCCCCGAGAACGCCGGACUCCAACGGCAGUGAAUGUCCAGGUCGUCGGAUCCGGGCCCUCUGGACCCAGAUCAAGCCCGAGAGCAGACCAACAUGGCCAGAUCCAGCCAGGCCCUGGCAGGCACAGAUCUGGGCCCACAAGCCUAGAUCCCGCCACCACACGCCAACCCUAGGCGACCCAGCCGUCGGCGGACCGAGCAGCACCGCGCGGGAGCACUCCACGUUGCAGCCACCGACCACACAAUCCUCCACGGCCGGAGUAGCACUAGACCGAGCCGGAACCGGCGCGCCUCACCGCGACAAGGGCGAGACCCGCCCCAUCGGGCCCUCCAGGAACACGGUGGGAGGAGAAACCGCCGCCACCAGCACCUCCCGGGCUUUUCCCGGCGGCGGGGGGAAGGGUGGGGGUAGAGGAGGGGGGGACGGGGGCGUCCCGGUCGCCUUGCGGGGGGAGCAACGGGAGCGAGACUCCAAUCGGGCUUUCUGUAUGGCCUGCAACAUUGCCAAGUUGGGCUUAUAG